CGAGCCGGUCAGUGUGGGACAGGCCCGGAAUAUGUGGCCGUAGAAGGCAUCGUAUGUUUGUGAGUGGCUGUACAUCGUGUGGUUGGUAAAGAGUUGAGGUGGGCAGGUCUACCGAUGAUGAUGGCAGUGCUGUGGAGAUUGCAGGUUGUGGCCGAGGAUGAGCGGGACAAGGCUCGUGAUGCUGGCAAAGGUGCGGAGGAAGACGCGACACUGGGUCCAUCAUGUGCAGAUCAUGUGCAAAAGGCGUGUGCUGCUGGUUUUAGGGAGAGGCCGAGGCCGAGGCGGGGCCGGCGAGGAGCUUGGUGAUGAGGACGUACUCGGGGACAAACUCCUUAGCGCCGAGCGAGGUUGCAGAGCGAGCGUACUUGUCGCAGGCGGCCUGGGCCAGCUCGAGGUACUCGGCGUCCGAGGCGGUGACGAGCCAGCGGGUGGCCUCGAUCGUCGACCAGACACGGAUGCGGUGCGGUGGAUCAAGGUCGGCUGACGCCCGAGUAAAGCAGUGGUUGGUCGCG